AUGCCAACCUUUUUUGAUUCCUCCGAUCUCCACUUAGUCAAGGCCGAGCAUGGCUUCGACUCCUACUGGGUAGGCGGUUUCGUCCGGACAACAAGCAACGAGAAUUACAUUGUCCUCGCACACGCUGCAGUCUACGGCAACAGGACAACCUACCGCGGGGGAAUGCUUUCGCUGGAUGAUCCCCAGAGCUACGUCACAAAAUACUACCGAGCAGUGGACGAGUUCACAAACGGUACAGUUGAGCCCUUCCACCUUACCAUUCCGGGCGAUGUCUUCGAAAUGAAGUUCACGGGUCCCGUUGAUGAAUGGUUCCCUCGAAUCGAUACCGUCAGUCGCGUCCCGGAGGCACCCUUCGACUUCUCUCUCGAUAUGAAGCAGGCCGGGAGACCGCCCGUGCUGAACGCGGGACUGGGAUCCUGGCGCUGGGUCGGUGGCACACAGCACCAAGUCUCUGUUACGGAGGGGCGCCUCAGCGGUACAUUCACCCUGAAUGACACCGUAUUUACCAUUGAUCCGGAUAACUCCGUUGGCUGGUACGAUCGGCAAUGGGGACCGACUUUCGUGUCACACUUUACAUGGUUCGGGCUCUACCUCACCAAGACCUCAUCUUCACCGUCAUUCUCCCCCCUCGCAAGCCGCGAACAAAUCUACGCAUCGAUCUGGAACUGGAAAGACGAGAUUAACGGGAACAAGUCGUUCGCUACAAUCCAGGGUCCAUCCGGGACAAAUACGGUGAUCUCCGUGGUCGGGUUCACGCCAGUAGACACCUUCCAUUCUCCGGCAUCCAACAAAACAUACAGUCUUCAGCACACGGUCAUAUUGGCGGAUGGAACGGCCCUCCAUAUUAAGCCAGUUCGUCGUGAUCAGGAGUUUGUGCUAGAGGGCUUCGACAAUCCGUUCUACUCCGGCGCUGUGGAAGUUUCCGGUGACGAUUACACCGGGUACGGCUUUGUUGACAUCUUGCCUGGCGGGGGUGGUUUCUGA